UUUUGGGAUCUUGUGGAGUUAUGAGUUCCCUGAGUCAAACUUUUUAAGAGGAAGGAAUGAAGAGCUUUUAUAAACUGACUUAAAAAAACAAACCUCAAAACAACAACAAAAAACAUAGUCUUUAUUUUACCUUCACAGACAGUUAUCAAAAACACAGAAGACAGUAGCCCCAAAUCAAUAUAUUGCUCAUUCGACUCUUACAUUUAAGAGUCUCACUUUUCCCCUUAAGUUAUGAUGGAGAUAGGCCUUUAGUUUUAGUUCUUAUUGUAGUCUAUAUUUAAAAAAAAAAAAAUGAAACCCUCUAAUUUGCUUCCUUCCUUUCUUCCCUCCCUUCUCUCCCUCAAGAAUUUAUUUUCUCUUCCAUUCACUUUCCUUUUUCAAUCGAACAAUUAAAAAAAGAAAGACCCCAUAACAAAUAUGUAGUUAAAUAAAACAAAUCCUUCUUUGGCCAAAAAUGUAUGUUUCAUAGUGUCCUCUCUCCUAUAUGCACAUACAUAUAUAUGUAUACACAUAUAUAUGUCUUGUUUGUAAAGUUGUUCUUCCUAUUAGACUAUAAGCUUUUUGAGAGUAGGGGUUAUUUUCUACCUUUCUUUUUGUAUCCCUAGUACUUAGCAUUGUAUCUGGCACAGGGCCUAAUAGGAGCUUAUUAAAUUCUUGUUGACUUAGUCCAUCACCUCACUGGCAGGAAAUGGGUAAUCAUGCUUCAUCUCCCUUCCUCUGGAAUUCUGGUUUGUCAUUGAAGUCAGAGUUUCUGAAGCCUUUCAAAGCUGUUUUUCUUUAUAGUUUUGGUUAUGCUCACUCCACUCUUCAUUAAUUCUUAGUGUUUCCUCUGAAUGUUUCCUAUUAUUAUUUCUCAGAUAAUAAUUUGUUUAACUAUUCUUCAAUAGAUGGGUACUUUGUUAGUUUCCAAUCUGGGACUACUAUGAAAAGAACUGUUACAAAUAUUUCUGUACCUCUCUUCCUGAAGCACAAUUCUGACUCUGUCACUUGCCCUAUUUAACUGUAAUAAUUCCCAAUUACCUCCAGGAUUAAACAUAAAAUCUUGUUUGGCUUUUAAAGCCCUUCAUAACUUGACCCCCUCCCCAACUUUUCAGUCUUCUUACACUUUAUUCCUCUCCUGUGUGUUCUGUGUGAGUGACAUUAAUAUGCCAUUUUUCCUGCCUUCAAGCUGCCUCUCUCCCCUUUCUCCCAUACAUUCUCCUUAUUUCUACCUUCUAGUUUCCCAGGCUUCUUUUGAGAUACAGUCAAUAAACUUUAUUAAGUAUCAGUUAUAUGUCAGGUACUAUGCUAAGUUCUGGGGUUACAAAUAUGAAAGAGAUAACGAUUGCCUUCAAGGAACUUACAAUCUAAUGGGGGAAGAUAACACAUAAAACAGAACAUGGGGACUAUGGGGAUGAAUGAGACACCUGGUGGCUUAUUGGAGAAAUCAAGUCUUAAAUAGUCUAUCCUCCAGAGGAAACAAAGAAAUCCAAAAUGAGCAUCUGAGAAGGAAAUGAGCCAAUGUCUGAAAUGUUUCUCCUUUCACCCCUCCUUAUAUGUAUAUGGGGGAAUUCCUGGCUCCACCCUUCACUCAGAGAGGCAGAGAAAGGAUAUUGGUGAACCGAGAGUUUCGAAGCUGACUGGAUCUUCUAAGAGGAUGAGGUUUCCCGAAGAUUAGUUUAUUAAGGAUACGGUGAAGAAGUCAAGGGAGUCCAAAAUGAGUGCAGGUUUUUGGGAAAUGAGGUAUAUAAACUAAAUUCCCAUCCCAGAAAUCUUUCCAGGAGUGCAGGAACUUUUUUUUUCCUUUUGUAUCUCCUAUAUUGAUUAUGGUGCCUGACAUAUAACAGGCACUUAAUAAAUGAAAGUUGACUGACAUUUAAGUCCUUUUUUUCUCUUUUCUUCAUCUUCUUUCUUUGAUUAAUAGCAGUCUUAUAAACAUUGGCUCUUGGCUAACUUUUGCUUACCCUAGAUCCGUUCACUUAAGAUUUAUUAACUUGUUCCAAUAUAUCCAUAACCACUUUGCCCAAAUUAUGAAAACCCGUCCUAAGGCUGGGUGAGUCCAUAUACUUUUCUUUGUGCUUAUAGCUUUCUAAUUUGGUCUAUAGUGUAUGUUUGGUGAGCAAUGCAGAUUUCUUGAGGAUAAUAACUUUUUGUUGUCUGUGUACACUGAGGUUCUUGGUAAAUGAUGGUGAUAAUCGUGUACAUCCCAAUUCAGUUCAACCCCUAUUAUCGGACUCUCUUGGGCAGACGAUUGAACUAGGGGAUAUAAACUUGUAUUCGAUCCAGCUCUUGCCUUCAUAAAUAUUAGUAGCAAUUUGAAACUGAAAACCUUAUUAAUGGGUUCAGGCUUAUGAAAACCUUAUCUAUCAAUCCUCUGUAGCCUCUUUCCCACCCCUUCCUUCCUUCCCACCUUCCCCAUUUCCUCACCCAGGGCUCCCUUCUGAGCUCCACGUUACUAUUGUCACUCAAUUUCCCACAUUCUUCUUAAGAGGGCCUUAAGAUACAGGAUAAGUAAAUUCCUUGGGACUGGAUUUCAAUUACUUCCUUGGAUGCAAACUAAAUAACCCUUACUAUUCUACAGCCCGGGUGGCCUCCGGUGGGGUCCAGCUCUCCAGGAUGCUUGGAGCUCACGGACUCCCUAGCAGGUUCCUCACAGGUGCACGGUUCUGCCCUACCUCCGGGAUAGUCCGGUUUGGUCUUAUGGACUCGAAGGAUAGCCACCCAGAAGGUUAAAAAUAGUUCUACGCGGAAGCCGUCGGGGGCGGGGCCCCUGUGGGGGGCGGAGACAGGGGGGAGAGGGAACAGCGGAGUGGAGAAAAGUGCGAUUAAGUCGGCCUCGGGUGGGCAUCCGCCAACGCCACGGGGGUUAUUUUUCUAAAGGAGGCAGUCUUUGAAAUGGAGCGGUCUCCGGCGCGGAGAGUUCGGAGCCCUGUGCGGAGGGCUCCUUGAGCUCGGCGCUCCGACAGCUCUAUCUCCGAGCCGACGCAGCCCGGGCUCCACCCCCGGCCCGCCUCCCUCCUCCCCGCCCAGUACAGUGUCCAGCUCCGGCUUCCCGCUUCCCUAACCCAGAAGUCACGUUAGGAGACUGGAGCCGGACUUUUGAGCGCCGGCCCGAAGUUGUGCAGCCAGAGCAGUUUGCGCUUUUCCAGCCUCUCUUCCUCGGGCGCUGGGGCUGACGCAGCUGCGGGGCAAGCGGCACAUGCACGCCUCGGGCUUGGGCUUCGCUCGCCUCUGCGGCUGCCCCCAGGCUGGGCACCUCGCUCGCCGCGUCGCGUCUCCUUAGCUGUCACUCCUCCCGCUGCUGGAACUUUGCCCCGCCGGUGACUUCCCUCGGCGUUGCCACCCGAAGCGGCAGCGCGGGGGAGACUACGCGAUCGGUACGGACACAGCGGAGGGCGUCCCUGGCUCCGCCGCGAGGGGUUGUCCCAAACCUCUGACAAGAACUGAGCUUCGUUCGGGAAAGAACCCGAGGGGGAGCUAGCUGUUUGCCCGGAAGAUUCGGGAGCUCUCCGACUUGGAGGAUGCCUUCGAGUCAGGAUGGGCACCCGAGCCGUUUCCUGCCGAGCCCCUGCAGGGUGCUGGUGCUCCUGAACCCCCGAGGCGGAACCGGCAAGGCCCUGCAGCUCUUCCGCAACAGAGUGCAGCCCAUGCUGCAGGAAGCAGGUGUCUCCUUCACAUUGCGGCUGACUGAACGGCGGAACCACGCGAGGGAGCUGGUGCGGGACGAGGAUCUCUCCUCCUGGGAUGCCCUGGUGGUGAUGUCUGGAGAUGGGCUGAUGCACGAGGUGGUGAAUGGCCUGAUGGAACGACCGGACUGGGAAACAGCGAUUCAGAAGCCUCUCUGUAGCCUUCCGGCAGGCUCGGGCAAUGCUUUGGCUGCAUCUGUAAACCAUUACGCAGGCAACGAACAAGUGACCAAUGAAGACCUCCUGACCAACUGUACCAUGCUGCUGUGCCGUCGGGGGAUUUCUCCCAUGAACCUGCUUUCCCUACACACGGCCUCAGGCAGCCGCCUGUUCUCUGUGCUCAGCCUGGGCUGGGGCUUUGUUGCAGACGUAGAUGUGGAGAGUGAAAAGUACAGGUGCCUAGGGAAAAUUCGCUUCACGCUGGGCACGUUCCUGCGCCUGGCCGCCCUUCGCACCUAUCAAGGCACGUUAUCCUAUCUUCCAGCUGGAGCACCUUCCUCCAAGAUCCCGCCUGGUUCUCCUCUGGCCCAUGACCAGCCAGGCCCUAUGGAUUCGCUCCUAGUGCCUCUGGAGCAGCCAGUACCAGAAAACUGGACUGUGGUUCCCGAGCACGAAUUCGUAUUGGUGCUUGCUCUUCUCCAUUCCCAUCUAGGAAGUGAGAUGUUCACUGCCCCCAUGGCUCGGGGAACUGGAGGGGUUAUACAUCUGUUCUACCUUAGGGCUGGUGUGCCCAGAAGUAUGUUACUUCGCCUUUUCAUGGCCAUGGAAAAGGGCACACACAUGGACCUGAACUGCCCUAACCUGGUGUACGUGCCUGCAGUCGCCUUCCGACUAGAACCGCAUGAUACCAGGGGCAUGCUUACAGUGGAUGGGGAACAGCUGGCCAGCGAGGCUAUCCAAGGCCAGGUGCACCCUGAGGGCUUUCAGUUAGUUAGUGGCUGUCCAGAACUAAAGCCUAGCCCAGAGCCAAGUCCUCUAUCUUGUUCAGAAAACUCUGCUUCAUCUGAGUUCACUUCUUAAAUGUUGGGACUUAGUCAGUUUUGAAAACAGGCAGCACCUUGCCCCUAAGCAAAAAGGGAAUUCUUCCACAGCUUAGGUAGUUGCAGGACUCCAAAAUUAGGCAAGCCAGCUGUUAGACGUCCCAAGAUUUACCCAUCUCAGGAUCAGUUAGUGGAACUCUUUUGGCCAGAGGUAGCAUACCAAAUAAGCAGUCUAAAUAAAAUAACUUUUCCAGAUUGCCUAAUUCUGUCUCUGGGGAAUAAGGAAAAAGUGGGGAAAAGCUUGGCCCUAAGAGAAAGGAUCAUAUUUACAUGGUGCUUUACAAUGAUAAAAUUCUUAAAAAUCUACAUUCAUUUGGCUUAUUUGCAGAUGGGGGGGAAAUUAUGUUUGCUAUCUGCCCAAGGUCAGUGAUAAAACUUGAAAUAUGAACUUUAAGUUCGGUGCUCUAGAAUGAACACAGGUAUCAAAUUUUGGCCAGUAAAACUCUCAAGUGCAGCCCAAACCACAAAAUGUAAUUGGGAACUAGUUAACAAAAUAAAAAUAAAAGUAAUACAUGGUUUUCAAAGUCAA